GAUAGAGAUCAGUGACUGGGAAUACCACCGAAUCACACUGUCACCCUUGCCACCGUCUUUAGUCUGCUACACAGGAGGACAAGAGAUACACAGGCUAUAUAUAUAUAUAUAUAUAUAUAUAUAAAGUAUAUAUAAAAAGACAGCGACGCCUCGCGAAAACGCGACCUGUUAUCCUAUUUUACAAUUCUUUUCUCAUCAAUCUAUGCCUACAUUUCGCUUGUGCUAUCCCGUGAGAUACGUGUUCUGAUCGAAAAGGCGGGAUUAGGCGAAUCUGAACCCGGGUAUGGAUGACAGUCAAAGACUAAGCAGUGGCACCGUUUUUUCAUCGAAGUCAACUUCGAAUGGAAAUGCGUCAGAAAAUGCCAACCCCCUGAACAUCAGCAAAGGCAGUGGAGAAUAUCAUGGACAAGCCAAGGACAAGUUAAUUGAAAAUGGAAAGAAUAAAGUCCACAUUGAGUGCAGGUUUUGCUCCUCAAGAAUACUGAAUGCUGGGAUGUCCAAGUUUGUGGAAACAGAGUGUACUCUUCCACCAUUAGAUGGAAGAGCUGGAGAAACAUCAGAGACAGCAGAAGAACAGCUGAGAGAAUUCUGGUCUGUCGAGGACAUCUACACUUUUGAGAAUAUUGGCUUCAGCAACACUGUGGGCAAAACAAAGUACCUCACGUGCGCCGACUGUGAUCGUGGUCCUGUUGGUUGGCACAACCUAGAGACAAGAAAGUCCUUUGUGGCACUCUCCCGGGUACAUCAUCUCUGAUUCCAGUGGUCAUGGCAAGCCAUACUGUUUUUCUGUCAGCAGCAAAAUGCUGUUAGAGAAGCAGCGUUGACUUUAACUUGGAGCUUUCGCCUCUUCUUAACAACACAGAUUGUAUAUAUCCAAAUACAUCAGUACAAUUCGUGAUGCAGAGUAUUAAGUUGCUCAGAACUGUUUAUCUGGUAAAUGUAUUUUCACUGCACUCUUUAAUGCCACCCGUACAACAACAGUUAAUGCUGAUAACCCAGUGAUUUCUGAAGAUUGUGCAAACUGGGACGACAACAAAGUGUAGUACCUUUGUCCUUGUUAAAUUCUAGGAGCAUGAAAACACCUCUUCCAUGUAAAAUGCCGGCAUUGCUGGAUGUGUACUGGCUUGUUUGUUUGUGCAUACAAUUCUACUGCAUAUAAGCUGCUCCCCUAUAACCUUGCUAAAACAACAACAUAAAAAAAAGAAGGAUUGCAAAACAUGUGGCUGUGGACGUCCUUUGUCAUUUCCAGAAGCACCACAAGCAAGGGAUUUGUCGUAAUGUGAUGUAUAGCUGCUCAUGAAUAUGUUGGCAUCAGCUGACAAACAUGUAUCGCAUAAAUAGUAAAGGACUUCACGUUUGUCUCAUA